AUAGAUGUUAUUAUUUAAUUUAUUUUUUAUGUUUACAUUUAAUUUAAUGCAUUAAAUUGAUUUGCGAAAAACGUUAGUUUUGGAUUUCAUUACAUGUGUAUAAGUUUUUACCAAAACAAUUAUGUCGGAAAGUAUUGUCAUACAAGAGAGCAUACUACGACAGGUUAUUUAUACUAUUUUAGGUAACGCGUGUUCAAAGGUUAUAAAAAUCGAGAAUUAUUCUUAUAAGAUUUUUUGAUUGUAUAUGUUAUUAAGUGUCCGGGUGUUCUUUAACGGUCGGCAUGUGUUUGGAGUGGACGUGGCAUGACGAUGACGUGACAACGGAAAACGAUUGGAGUACAUCGGAAAAUAUGUCAAAAACUCUCAUAUACGGAGGGGCAAUUAUCAGCGCUGGACCGGCGGCGCUUAUUGCGUCGAUGCAGACAAAACUCAGAGAGGUGCUAACCAUCGGGACAUUGUUCACCCUCUGCGGGUCAAUUGUGCUCAUGACGUGCUCGACCGGCGCAUUGUCCACACUGAUUACUGGACGAAUCCUACACGGCAUGGGUGCUGGGAUCGUGUGUGUUGUCGUGCCCAAUUACGCAGCAGAAAUCACCGAGCCAAAGUACAGAGACGUGUUAACUGGUUUGCAUCAUAUAUACUUGUUAAGCGGUAUGAUGUUGUCACACUUUGCCGAUGAUUAUUGCACGUAUUCAUAUGUGAAUGUUGGAAUUGUAGGUAUGGCAAUUUUAAACUUGAUAGUAUUAUGUGUUAUCGAAGAUCCACCUUGUUUUCAAUUGAUAUUUUAUGAAAACUUACGAAAGAGCGAAUCAGAUUGUAAAUGCAUUGAUGUAUCGAGCAAUAGUUGUCACAAGCUUUUAAGAUACCGUGACAUCGACAAAAUUAUGGAGCUGUCUUCGAUUUUUACGAAAAAACAAUACUAUCGACCACUGUUUAUUAACAUCUGUUUAAUAAGUAUCCAACAAUUUACUGGUAACAUUUCAUUGAUGGAUAAAUUACAUUGUGCGUAUGGAAAACAACUACCGAUAAGUGGAAUGUUAUCAACUAUAACUGGUUUCCAACUCAUUUCAUCAAUUUGUUGUUUAUUAACUAUAUAUAUUUUGGGAAAGAAAAAUUUAUUAAUCAUCUCAGGAAUUGGAAUGACAAUCACUUUAUCUUUGGUGAUUAACACAUUAUAUUAUAUGAAAAGUUUCGAUAAGUUAUGGUUACCUAAUUUAAUCAUUAUGUAUAUUAUUUUUUAUUCGAUUGGAUAUGGUCCAAUUCCAUGGAUUUUAAUGCCACAAAUUUGCCCAAGAAAAUCGAAAUUGUGGACAUCUGGAGUCGCUGUAAGUCUAUACGCUUUUUUAAAUUUAAUUAUCAAUCAGCCAUUUAUCAACAAUAUACGAUAUAUGAUGUACAUGUCAAGUGGAGUGGACAUUUUUCUAUUCAUGUUCACUAUUGUAAGUGUUUUUGGUACAGUUUUUGCAUGUAUAUUCAUACCAAAAAUAAAAGAUCGUAUUUCUUCAUAAAAUGUAUGCGUUCCAUCAUUUAAGAUUACAGAUAAAAAUAAACGAAUUUUCCUACUUUUUUUAUUUUUCCUUAGUAGUGUUUAAUUUAGAAGGUUUACAAAGCAGUAAAAAGCUUUUAAAAAGGUCUUGACAUGGCAAAAAAACCUCUCUAUAUUGUGAUAAAGUUUGUGGAUUUUGUACAACCAUAAUGUAAAAACGGUAAAAAUACUCAAGACCUCCAAAAAUAUGGAAUAUAAAAUGCAAGAAAAAGCACACUUCACAAAUAAAUUUACAUUAACUUUCUGGGUUCUACUUCUAAAGGCAUAUCUAUUAUGAUAAUUGAAUAGGUAUAUACGU